ACUUCAUAUUUUACGAGAUCGUGUCGUUUAAUUUAUUAUCGCUUGAUAACUCUGUUUAAAUUUUAAGUUCUAAACUUAUCUUCAGACAGAUUUUCGGAUAGAAUGGAUAUCAUCGUAGUGUUCGUCAAUAUUCUUUCAACCCUAGACUGCUAAGAGAGUAUUUUAUUCUGCGCUGUUCUCAGAGGACAAAUUACAGCGCUCAUGCAAUAGUGAAAACACGUUGAUUGCUCAGAGAUAGUUGAGAAAUGGAUCUCACAUUCUCACCUAAUGCAUCCAAAUAUACAAGGACAACGGGCAAAAAUUGUGUAACAGUUAAUGGGGAUGCUGAUUCAAAUGAGACUCGCUUAUCUUCUACAGGAUAUUUAUCUCUUUGGGCCCAAAUGCCCAAUAAUUGUCCAUGGCUGGUUCUUUAUAAAAGGCAUGGAAAGCCUAUGGCGUACUCCUUCCUCAGACGAACAUGGGAGAACUUCGCUUCUUCAUUUCUGAAUGAGGUUAAUGCUGAUAAAGGUAUUUGGAGAUAUUACUAUGGAUCAGGAACAGGACCACGCCUGCUGAGAAAAGGGGGACUCCGUAUUUACAAUCCUCUUAUGAAAAGAUGUUCUAAUCUUCCUCCAAUGGAAUUUUUGCCAAAAGCAAUGCCAAAAGCCAUGGUGGCAGGGGUUGUGGAUGGGAGCAAUAGAGAAAUCUACAAAGUGGUUUCUGUUGGUCAUGACAAGCAUACAAAUACAAACAAUAUAGAAAUCUACGAUUCUGUAGAUAAUUCAUGGAGGAUUGUACUUGAGCUACCUAUCAAUGUUUCAAUAUCCCGGCAUCAUGGCAUAGUCUUAUGCAAAGAUGUUCUCGUGUGUGUUAUAACACUGCCUAGGGCAUACUCCAUGGUCUAUAACCUGAAAGAGGGUAAGUCAAGCAUGACUUUAGUACCAUUACCAAGGGCAGAGAACAAAUGUAAAUUUCAUAUGGUUACAUGUGGUUCCUCAGUCCUACUUGUAGGAGCAACUGUGGUCAAUUCCCAAGCAGGAAAUUGGUAUAUGAAAGAUGGAAUUAUAUGGCAGCUACAGAAGGAGGAGGUUUCCUCUUGUAAUUGGGAUUGGAAGGAGAUUGCAAGGAUGCCUCCAUCUCUAUGCCAGGAUCCUCGGUGGAGAAAUGCCGUUUACUAUGAAUGUGAGUGCAUUGGAGUAGAAAAUUACUUGUGCUUGAGACGGAAAGCAAGUCGUGAAGUCUGUACAUAUAAUUUGAGUGAGGGAUCCUGGAAUUGGAUUGAAAAAUGCCCAGUGGAUAGAAGGGUGUCAAAGAUGAUAGCCUUGGAACCCAGUUCUGAUAUGGUGGUUUAAGAGCUGUUAAUUGAUCUCCUAAUCUAUCCUCAUGGCACUUGACUCCGUCUUUUUGACUGAGAUUUUCUGAUGCUUUUUGCAAAUUGAAUCAUUGAAUUUUAUGGACAAAUGAGUUAUUAAAUUGUUUGAACAUUUUUUAAUUUGCAAUCUAAUGUUUUUUUCCUUA